AUGUGGAUAUUCCUACAUAAUCCUGUUGAAAGGGAUCGAAUAAUUCGUCUUUUUGCUCGUAUUGAUGAAGCUGAUGCGAAGAUGGAGCUCAAGAAUCCUGACCAGGGCAAAGCUGGUGCCGCUCCUGAUGUAAGUGCUAUUCGUGAUGCUGCUGAAAUUAGUGGUGUUGAUCUCCGUGAUGAGCUUUAA